GACUGAGUGACUAACACUUUCUUUACUUUUUCAUAGACUGAAAUGGGACCUAUUUAGGGGGGAAGUUCUGGAGUUUGGUUCUGUGCUUGUGAAGUUUGAGAUGCCCAUUGGACAUACCAUUAGGCAGCUGGAAAAACUUAGUGGGGAGCUGGAAAUGAAAUUUAGAGCAUCAUCACCAGAUACCUGGUAUUUAAAGCCACAAGCUCACUUAGGGAGAGAGUCAUUCAGAGAAAAAUGGUCCCACCAGGGAGUUCUUUGGCUCACAGCUUCAGGAAUUAGCCAAGGAGACAAAAGAACAGCCAAUGAGAUGGGAGGAGAAAUCAGAGAGUGGGGGUUUUCUGGAGGGAACACAGAAGAUGCUUCAGGGAGAAGAGAGGGAGUGAUGAUGACGAAUGCCUUUGGCAGAGCAAGCAUGUGACCGUUGAGAAUCCAGCAACCUGAAGGUCACCAGUGACCAUGGCAAAAGCAGCUAGAGACCAAAGGGGACAGGAGGGGAGAACUUGAGGAGAGCAGUACCGACAGCAGCUCUGGAGUCCUGCUGCGAAGGGGGCAGAGAAACGGGGUUAGGUGGAGAAAUUACACUAUGUGCAUGUGCUGCCGAGAACAGCUCUCCCGGUGAGAAGCUUGGUGAAGGGGGCAAGAAUGGGGCAUGCUGCAGUACGUGGGGGGGCCACAGGUCCAGUGUCCCGGGGGAGGCGUGGCCCCUGAUGAGGGCUGGACAGCUCAGAAGUUGAACUUCUGGGGCCUCCCUCUCUUUCCUAUCUGCAGCUCUCCAGCAGGCUGAGAUUGCAGCACUUAGGCAAAUCAAAUGUCUCAGGGCUCCAGAGAAACCAGACUGGCUGUGUCUCAGGAAGGAAGGAGGGGUCAGGGCUUGCCCUCGGCUUGGGGAUAAGCAGAGGCCCCGUGUGGGUUGCCCCUUCCAUUUGACCCUCUGUUUCAGCAAGGAAGGGCCCCUUUCUUUGCAGAGACUGUACCUUCCUUGAGAAAAGACUAUAAUGACCUCGAAAUUGCAGUAACUGAAGUGGAGAAGAAGAGGUAAUGGAGAGAGGCUGAUUGAUUUAGUCUGAAGAAGGGAAGUCUGGGCAGGGAAUAAAGGGGCAAGAGGUAGGAUUUUAGGGACAGUUUUUAUGAAAUAGGUGUUGAGUGGACAUCUGUUUUCUAUCGUUCACAGUUUAAACUGAAGCAGGAAAAACUGUGGUUAGACAUGAUGAGGAACUUCCUGUACUGGUUAGUGAAGACAGCAACGGGCCAGGUCUUUUGCCCUGGAUGUUUAGGAUGAGAAAGGACAAUGCCUUCUUAGACACAGAGUGCUGGCAAGAUUGAUUCUUGGAGAUUCUCCCAGCUCUGAGGUUUCUGGAAGAAGGCUAGGACAGAGAUGGGACUUUCCAGCUCUUGGUGGGAGGACAGACUGCCAAACAUUCUGGCUAGGGCCUGCCUCCUUCUCUGGGUACCCUGACAUCACAAGUCUGAUAUGCGUGCCUCAAGCAUCUGUCGGCUGACCCAGACUUGGAGUGCUUGCGGAGGGCCCCGGCUUAGCUGUAGCUCGUCCCCUUGUGGGUGAGCGUAUUUCUGGGUGUGUCAAAGAUCAUUGGGCUUGGUGGAGUCUCUCUGUGCAGGGCAUGGUGGAGGCCGAAGGCUUUGUGCCAGAACUGCUGAGAAUUACGUAAUUCUUCACAUCUGCUUGGCCAACUCUGGCCUCUGCCCAUCUUGCAGGGGGUUUCCCCAGGAAAGACAUGGAGUCUAUGGGCAAAUCAAGACCUGCUAGUCCUGUGCCACUUAAGGCCCACCUGCAGAGGACUUGGCCAUGCCUACUGUAAGCCAUGGACUGAGGAGCCUGGAGGGCUACAGUCUAUAGGGUCACACAGAGUGGGACAUGACUGAAGCGACUGAGCAUGCACUCUAAGCCUAAUGAUCUUUGGGGGUCUUGGGUUGAGUGAUCCAGAUUCUCCCGAUGCAGAGGAGACAGCCGCUGUUCAUCCUUAGGCCUCCUCUGGUUGAGAGGGGCAGGCAAUGUCCUAGCUCAUCUGAACUCUUCAGCUUCUUUAAUUCCGGGCUGCACAUGUGUCUUCUAGGCAUUGGGUCUGAGGUGAAGUGCUGACCCCAUUUCUGGGCUGUUUCCGGAGGAUCUGGGCAGGUGUGGUGAUGGAGCUGGUGUUCUCACAGCUGAGAACCACUCCAGCGUCAAGCCCAGAGCUUGUCCUAUCCUGUCUUAUUCUCUCCCCUCCCCGCUCCCCACUUCUGCCCUCUGGAUGCCUCUGCUUGGCACUGGGCACUGGGAGGAGGCCUGCUUGGCCGGAGAGAACUGUGUUCCUUUCUGGUUUACAGUGGCCUCCGCACUGGGGAGUCACAGCUCCCGAAGCUGCCAGACACGUGGGCCACCUGGCUGCCUCAGUUUCCUCAUCUGGCCAGCACAGGAAUUCCAGCCUACGUGUUGGCAGGAUUCUGAGCCGCGAUCUCUCCUUUCCCUUCCUUUGGCUGGCAUAUGAGGACGGGUACAGAAUGUUCCAGCCCCACCCCUUCCCUCAGUGGGUUUUUGAUUCAUGAACAUUCCCACUGUACUUCCCCAUGGCCCAGCUCCAUGCCAGGCUUAGAGAUGCCAGGAUGAGUAAAACCCAGGCUUCUGCUUGGGCCAAGAAGGGAGUUGGGCACAUAAAGAACCAAUAGGGAAAAGGCAGACUUUCCAAGCCCCUUGGCGUCUGCUCCCGUGAGUCUCCUGGAAGGUCCCUGUUUUGUAGACAGACGCUGGAGUUCCUCUUUGGUUCCUAUGCCUAUGUCCUUUCACUUUCACUUUCUGUGGGCACUGCACCAGCCCACAUCCCUGGACUCCGUGACCAUCACAGAAGGGAACCUGCUGAGAGAUUUUCUCUGCCGCACGGGGACCCUGCCAGAGCUUGGAACUCUGUGAGAUCGCUUCCCGCAGAUUCCCAGGACCCGGAGUCUGAAGGCUGAGCCCAGAGGAAGCCACUGACAGAGGUGACAGCACACGAUUGUGAAAUGUGCGCACAAGAUGCUUUUCAGACACAGAGAAGCCAGCUGGUGGAGUUGCUGGUCUCGGGGUCCCUGGAGGGCUUUGAGAGCAUUCUGGACCAGCUGCUUUCCCGGGAAGUCCUCUCCUGGGAGGACUAUGAGGGGCUCAGCCUCGUGGGCCAGCCCAUCUCCCACUUGGCCAGGCGCCUCCUGGACACCGUCUGGAAUAAGGGUGCUUGGGGCCGUGAACAACUGACUGCAGCUGUGAGGGAGGCCCAGGCUGACAGCCAGCCCCCCGAGCUUCCCAGCUCCUGGGACCCCCACUCACCCCACCCAGCCCGUGACCUGCAGAGUCACCGACCAGCCAUCGUCAGGAGACUCUACGGCCACGUGGAGGGUGUGCUGGACUUGACACAGCAGCGGGGUUUCAUCAGCCAGUACGAAACUGAUGAAAUCAGGCGGCCCAUCUUCACAUCAUCCCAGCGGGCAAGAAGGCUCCUUGAUCUCGCCACAGUGAAGGUGAAUGGGUUGGCUGCCUUUCUUCUACAGUGUAUUCAGGAAUUACCGGUCCCAUUGGCCCUGCCUUUUGAAGAUGCCGCCUGUAAGAAGUACAUGUCCAAGCUGAGGACCGUUAUAUCAGCUCAGUCUCGCUUCCUGAGCACCUAUGAUGGAGCUGAGACUCUUUGCCUGGAAGAAGUGUAUACAGAGAAUGUUCUGGAAAUCCAGACGGAGGUGGGCGUGGCUGGACCGCCGCAGCAGAGCCCUACCACUCUAGGCCUGGAGGAGCUCUUCAGCACGCGUGACCAUUUCAACAAAGAGGCAGACACUGUGCUGGUGGUGGGCGAGGCGGGCAGCGGCAAAAGCACACUCUUGCAACAGCUGCACCUGCUCUGGGCUUUGGGGCGGGCCUUCCAGGAAUUUUUCUUUGUCUUCCCGUUCAGCUGCCGGCAGCUGCAGUGCCUGGCGAAACCGCUGUGCGUGCGGACGCUGCUUUUCGAACACUGCUGUUGGCCCGACCUCGGCCCCCAGGACGUUUUCCAGGUCCUCCUUGACCACCCUGAACGCAUCCUCUUAACCUUCGACGGCUUUGAUGAAUUCAGGUUCAGGUUCACGGAUCGGGAGCGUCACUGCUGUCCGACCACCCCCACGUCAGUCCAAAGUCUGCUCUUCAACCUUCUGCAGGGCAACCUGCUAAAGAACGCCCGCAAGGUGUUGACCAGCCGUCCAGGCGCGGUAUCCGCGAGCCUCCGAAAGCACGUGCGCAUCGAACUCAACCUCAAGGGCUUCUCGGAAGAGGGCAUCGAACUGUACCUGAGGAAGCGGCAUCGCGAGCCUGGGGUGGCCGACCGCCUCCUCUGCCUGCUCAGAGCCACCUCGGCCCUGCAUGGUCUGUGCCACCUGCCCGUCUUCUCCUGGAUGGUGUCCAAAUGUCACGAGGAACUGUUGCUGCAGGGCCAGGGGUCCCCAAAGACCACCACGGAUAUGUACCUGCUGAUCCUGGGGCACUUUCUGCUGCACGCCUCCCCGCAACCCUUAGCCACCCAUGGUCUGGGACCCAGCCUGAUUCAGGGCAGGCUCCCCACGCUCUUGCACCUCGGCCGCCUGGCUCUCUGGGGCCUGGGCACGUGCUGCUACGUGUUCUCAGCCAAACAACUGCAGGCGGCACACGUCGACAGUGAGGACCUUUCUCUUGGCUUCCUGGUGCGUGCCAAGAGGGUUGUAGCCGGGAGUACGGCCCCCCUGGAAUUCCUGCAUAUCACCUUCCAGUGCUUUUUUGCUGCAUUCUACCUCGCCCUCUGUGCAGACACCCCGCCAUCCUCGCUUAGACAUCUCUUCCAAGGUCACAGGCCUGGAAGCUCGCCUCUGGCCAGGAUGCUCCCCAAAUUGUUCCUGCGGGGCUCCCGAUGCAAAGAGGGCAGCGUGGCCGCUUUGCUGCAGGGGGCCGAGUCACACAACCUCCAGAUCACAGGGGCCUUCCUGGUGGGGCUGUUGUCCCAGGAGCACCGGAGCUUGCUGGCCGAGUGCCAGGCCUCUGAGACGGCCCUGCUCCGGCGCCGGGACUGUGUCCGGCGGUGUCUGACCCGCAGCCUCCGCCAGCACUUCCGUUCCAUCCCAUCCGCUGUGCCCGGUGAGGUCAAGAGCAUGCACGCCCUGCCCGGCUUCCUCUGGCUCAUCCGGAGCCUGUACGAGAUGCAGGAGGAGCGGCUGGCGCGGGAGGCAGCGCGCAGGCUGAACGUUGGGCACCUCAAGCUGACCUUCUGCAGUGUGGGCCCGGCCGAGUGUGCCGCCCUGGCCUUCGUGCUGCGCCACCUCCGGCGGCCUGUGGCCCUGCAGCUGGACCACAACUCUGUGGGCGACAUCGGCGUGGAGCAGCUGCUGCCUUGCCUGGGCGUCUGCAAAGCUCUUUACUUGCGAGAUAACAACAUCUCAGACCGAGGCAUCUGCAAGCUGGUUGAACAUGCUCUCCGCUGUGAGCAGCUGCAGAAGUUAGCUCUGUUCAACAACAAAUUGACCGACGGCUGUGCACACUCCAUGGCCAGGCUCCUUGCGUGCAAGCAGAACUUCUUGGCUUUGAGGCUGGGGAACAACCACAUCACGGCCGCGGGAGCCGAGGUGCUGGCCCAGGGGCUCAGAACUAACAACUCCUUGCAGUUUUUGGGGUUCUGGGGCAACCAGGUGGGUGACGAGGGGGCCCAGGCCUUGGCUGCAGCCUUGGGUGAUCACCAGAGCUUGAGGUGGCUCAGCCUGGUGGGGAACAACAUUGGCAGCGUGGGUGCUCAAGCCUUAGCAUUGAUGUUGGAAAAGAAUGUGGCCCUGGAAGAACUCUGCCUGGAGGAGAACCACGUCCAGGAUGAAGGCUGUCUAACAACCACAUCACCUCCCUUGGGGCAGAGGCCCUCGUGCGGGCCCUUGAAAAGAAUGACAGCAUUCGGGAAGUCUGGCUCCGAGGAAACACUUUCUCUCCGGAGGAAAUUGAGAAACUCAGCCACCAGGAUACCAGACUCUUGCUCUGAUGUCUCCGGGCCAGCGUUCAGCUCAGUGUGUUUAGGAGGAGGCCAUGGGUUUGGACCCCAGGAUGGGACGACAUCUGAGAACAGCCCACUCAGAGGGAACCUGGACCUGCCCAGGGCCAACCCCAUAGGUCACCUUUGUUCUCACAGAGGAAGGCGCAUCCGUGCCCUGUGGAGUAGAUUUCACUGAAGCCCACCUUUGCCAUCAACUUCUUGCCAAGAUUCAAUCCUGGGAUGUUGAAGAGGGGCAGCCUGCCUGUACAGGAUGGGGCUGGUCUCAAGUCACGCUGACAUGGGUCAGUGAGGCUCACGGAUGCCACUGAGUAGUUAUGGGUGUGGAGAGCUCCCCGUGGGGAGGGAUAUUCAGGAAGCAACUGUUCGCUUUGUCUCAGCUCAUGGUCAUGCAUCAGGUUGUUCUCUACGUCUGGUUCGUAGUGGACCCUACAUAUGGCACUUCCUCUGUGGUUGAGAUUCAGAAUGUAGGCAUUCUCACCUUUGAUCUUAACUUAGUACCCUGGCCCUGCUCCCACCCUGCCAUCCCCCUCAACCCUCCCCCCAUCCAGGGUGGGAGGGGCUACAGCUUACCCUGCUCUCCUUCUGGAACUUAAGGCAGUAUCAAAAGGGGACAGGUGACAUAUAUGUGUUCCUCAAGACAUUCUAGGGUUUCGAGAAAAAUAUGACUGCCCAACAACUGGACUAUUAUUUCCAUUAGAAAUCAAUUACUCUUCAGUUAAACCUUUGGGAACAACUCCUUAUCCAAAUGCAACUUUUAAAAUUAACCUAGGCCAGAAUUUUGAACAGCCCCACCAGGUCUCUGAGGCCUGUGAACUGAACUCUGGUGGCAGACUUCCAAAAUAUAUUCAUAAGAGAUGGUUUGGUUUUGUUUGUGCCAGGCUGCUUUAGGAUAUAAAUUUAUAGAUCAAAAGUUUACAGGUCAAAAUCAAAGGCCCUUCCUUAUAACGCAGAUGUUUUUCUCUGAGUUUUUCAGAAGCUUCUGUAAACUGUUAGGUGCUGUGCAAGUGUUAUUAUUUUCAACACUGUUAUUUGUGAAGAACUGGUUAAUAUUUAUAAACCACUUUGUUUUAUUCUCCCUAGUUCAUGAUUUUAUUAAAAAAAAAAAAA